AGAUCUUGGGCAUGGCGCUUUCCGUGGUGGGCUGGCUGGGGGCCCUCAUCUCCUGCGCCCUGCCCAUGUGGAAGGUGACGGCCUUCAUCGGCAACAGCAUCGUGGUGGCGCAGAUCAUCUGGGAGGGGCUGUGGAUGAACUGCGUGGUGCAGAGCACGGGCCAGAUGCAGUGCAAGGUCUACGACUCCAUGCUGGCCCUGCCCCAGGACCUGCAGGCCGCCCGCGCCCUGGUGGUGAUCGCCAUCGUGCUGGCCGUGCUGGGCCUGAUGGUCGCCCUCAUCGGGGCGCAGUGCACCAGGUGCGUGGAAGAUGAGACCACCAAGGCCAAGAUCACCAUCGUCUCCGGGGUGGUCUUCCUGCUGGCUGGGAUCAUGACCCUCAUCCCCGUGUGCUGGUCGGCCAACACCAUCAUCCGCGACUUCUACAACCCCGUGGUGGUGGACUCACAGAAGCGGGAGCUGGGCGCCUCCCUCUACGUGGGCUGGGCCGCGGCAGCUCUGCAGCUGUUCGGGGGGGCUUUGCUCUGCUGCUCCUGCCCCCCCAAGGAUGACAAGUACGCGCCAACCAAGGUGGCUUACUCUGCCGCCCGCUCCACCGGGCCCAGCUACGACAAGAGGAACUACGUGUGAGGGAGGCCGCCCGGCACCUCUCCCGCCUGCCCUGAUCCAUUCAGCAGACUGUCACGGCCUCCCCCCCCGCUCUCGGGAGCCCUGAGGACCCCAGGGGGACUUCUGACUGUCAUCCCAAGGGCGGGGUGGAGGAGGAACUGUUCUGUCUCCCUCAGUGCUGCUGGUGGGGCAGCAAGACCCUGGCUAAGACUCUGUUUUGGUUGUGGCUGAGGUGUUUUUUG